UGCGACUCGAGGGCCUAAACUUACAGGCCAGCAACUGUGGCAACACUGAGAAGUGGGUCAGCAACUUUCAGUGCCACACAUGAUCGUGUGCAUCCCUAUAAAAGUGCACUGGUGAUGCAACUGCAGCCGAGUUAAACGCCAGUUGAAAUGCAUUCCAGAGCUGCAGUCGCCUUCAUUUUAGCAGCACUGAUCGCUGCAGUAAUCCUGCCCAGCCCAGCUGCAGCCAUUCCCAUGGAAGAUGACACCGUGGACAGACCAAACACCGAUUAUCCAGCCUUGUUCAGAGCCUUCUUGGACCUGGGACACGCCCUCUUCGGCACCUGGACGCCCGAAGGAGCGAUAGAGGAGUUUAUUCGAAAGCGGGAGGCUGAAGGGCUUAGCCAGUAGGGUAUUCCACCAUUCCCACUGCUCCUCCACACUUUCGGCAGAUGUGUUGCAUAAGUUUCGCAUCCAUAUAUACUUCAUCAGCCAAAAAGAGGGGGGUACAGCAGUGGUGGCGGUCCAACUUUACAUUUUAAUUAUGUACGCUUCAGUUUUUGCUAGAUGAGCCAUCAUUACCACUCCGUUUGGCAUUCCCUAUUAGAUAUUCGGGGUUUUUUUCUUAGUGUAAUACCCUGCCAAAGUAGUAUAUUACAGGCCACUUAUUAUUACAGCUUAUUCGAAUUAUAAAUAAA